GCCGCGCCUGCGGGACGCUGGCUGGUGGCUGUUGAUGGGCGCGCGGAGCGCACGUCGCUAGGGCCCGGCUGUCCCCGGGAGUCGGUCCGCGCGGUGCCCGGGGCGGGACCUGGGCGGCCGGGGUUCCAGGAUUCCGGGGUCCCCACAGAAGAGUCCAGCCCGCGUGGAGAGGGGCACAGGGUUGCAGCCGACGUCCAGGAGCCAGGAUACUCAGCUUUGUAGGUGUGACUGACACCUGUGACGUCACCUUUUGGAGCCUCAGUUUUGUCGCCUGUAGACAUAAAGCUGCUUCACAGAACUGAUGAGAGGAUUCAGUGAGACAGCGCUUCCAAAGCGGUUUGCAGGAGGGAGCUCUGGAGGCAUGGCCUGGUGGGCAGAGCAUGCCUGCUGUCACCUGGCACCACGGGCAGCAUGAAGACCCCUGUGGAGCUGGCCAUCAGUGGGAUGCAGACCCUCCACCGUCAGCACCGCUGCAGGGGCGGCUAUCAGGUCAAGGCCAGGGCAUCGUACGUGGAUGAGACUUUGUUUGGCAGCCCUUCAGGCACCCGGCCCACGCCGCCAGACUUUGACCCACCCUGGGUGGAGAAGGCCAACAGACCCAAAGGAGUGGGCAGAGAGGCUCCACGGGCUUCGGGGGCCAAUGGGAGCUGUGAGACCGCCUCCUCCAGGGGCAGUACCCCGACCCUCACCCCAAGGAAGAAGAACAAAUACAGACUGAUCAGCCACACUCCUUCUUACUGUGAUGAGUCACUAUUUGGCUCCCGACCCGUGGGCACCUGCUGGGAGGCCCCGUGGAUGGUGAAGGGGGGUGCUUCAAAACUCCACACGCUCUUCUGGACACCCCCAGCCACCCCGAGGGGCCACCCGCCCCACCCCAGGGAGACCCCAGUGCGCACCAUUCACCCAUCUGCUCCCACGAAGACAGAGCCCAGGGAGGGGUCUGAAGCUGGGAAGGUGUCCAAGGGUGGAUUAGACUCUCCACGCGCUCUGAAUGUCCCCAGCACUGGCCGCCCACCCACCGGUGGCUCCCCCACGAGCGGGCCUCGGGAUCCCAGGCCUUCGCAUCCGGGUGCCUUCCGGAGCCCCCUGGUGACUCCCAGGGCUCGGUCAGUCAGCGCUUCAGUGCCAGCUACGUCCCAGCGAGGGGGUGCCACCCCGAGACCAAAGCCCCCUUGGAAAUGAGUUUCCCGGUCCUUUCAUCAGGUUUGCCCACAGCAAGGGGAGGCGUUUCAGAGGAUGGCACAGGUGGGGGGCUCCUGGGGAGACCCCCAGGUGUCGGCGAGGCACUCACGGCGGCAGGCACGGUGAGGGUGGUCAGGGACACCCUCUGUCCUGACAACCUCUGGUUCCCUGCUGCCCCACAACGUGGAUGUGAGGGCCACCCCUUGAGAGGCCUGUUCUAGUCCCGUCGUAGCCACAUGCUGUAUCGGUGCCAACCCAGGGAUGCCCCCCAUCACUCCCACACAUUGUCCUGCCGCCAAGUAUGAAUAAAUGGUGUGGUCGCCAAUCUGGAGGGUUCUCCCCCCCCCCCCCCGAAGCCCCCCUUUAAGCCAAACUUCCUGCUCAGGAUGAGUUUCCAGCCGAGUCUGGAGGCCUCAGAGUUUUCCCUGGCACGGUGUCCAGGUGAUGUGUGGGUGGACUUUUUAUUUUAAUGAUCAUGUAUUUAUUUUCACGUAUUAAAUAUGUCAAUAGUCACAAA